AUGCGGACCUGGUUGGCCCUGAGGCUGGUGAACGGCACAGGGAGUUGCUCAGGCCGAGUGGAGGUUCUCAUCCAGGGCAGGUGGGGGACCGUGUGUGAUGACCUCUGGGACCUGGCUGAGGCCACAGUGGUGUGCCGCCAGCUGCGGUGUGGCCAGGCCAUGGCGGCCCCCACAGGGGCCCACUUCGGGGCAGGCUCCGGGAAGAUUCUGUUGGAUGAUGUGCAGUGUGUGGGCAGUGAGAGCCACCUGGGGCAAUGCAUGCACAGAGCUGAGGCCGGGCACAACUGCAGGCGCCUGGAGGAUGUCGGCAUCAUCUGCGCAGCCUAUGAGAACCUGCUUCCCACAUCAUUGGUGAUAGCAGCAGCUCAACACCCACCUUCUUCUGCACCUCCAGGAGGCUGGGCCCCCGUGCGGCUGAUAGGUGGCCAUGGGAGAUGCGCAGGCCGUGUGGAACUCUUCUACCAGGGAGUCUGGGGGACCGUGUGUGAUGACCUCUGGGACCUGCCAGAAGCAAACAUCAUCUGCAGGCAGCUCGGGUGUGGCUGGGCCAUUUUAGCCCCAGGUGAGGCCCACUUUGGGGAAGGCUCUGGGAAGAUCCUCCUUGACAACGUGCACUGCGGGGGAGAUGAACAGCACCUGGAGGAGUGCUCCCACAUGGGCUGGUUUUCCCACAACUGUGGGCACGGAGAAGAUGCUGGCGUGAUCUGUUCAGAAAAAUCUAGGUGUGGCAGAAUAAUUACCAGCUCAUCUGGAGCGAUUAGGAAUCCCCCACAGAACAAAAUGCAUGACAACAUAACCUGUGUGUGGGAAAUCAAGGCUAAUGCAUCUGAUCACAUACUGCUGGCAUUUCCAUAUCUUAACCUAGAUUGCACCAAUGAAUACUUUGAAAUCCUGGACGGCCCUCCAUCCUCAACAAAGUCCCUGGGGAAGACCUGCUCUGGGUCCUACCUCACCUACUCGUCCUGCUCCAGCUCAAUGACCCUGGUGUACUUCCGAAGCUUCAACAACAUAGGGAAAAACUUCGUUGCUUAUUAUUAUUCUGCAGCCAAAGAGGCGAGUUCAAGGACCCCACAUCUAAUCACCAUCCCAACAGCAACACCCAAGACAGUGACAGCAAGACCAGGGGACUGGCCAGAGCUGCGGCUGGUGGGCGGCUCAGGUCGGUGCUCAGGACGCGUGGAGGUCCUCCACCAGGGGGCCUGGGGCACCGUGUGUGAUGACCUCUGGGACCUGAACGAAGCCGAGGUCGUGUGCCGACAGCUGGGGUGCGGACGGGCCAUGUCUGCCCUGGGGAAGGCCCCCUUCGGCCCGGGCUCUGGAAACAUCUUCCUGGACAACCUGCAGUGCUCCGGGGUGGAGCGCUGCCUGGGCCAGUGUGCCCACUCGGGCUGGUCGGAGCACAACUGUGGCCACCACGAGGAUGCCGGCGUCAUCUGCUCAGAUGCUGAAGAAUCGCUCAUUAAUAGUCCAGGGGACUGGCCAGAGCUGCGGCUGGUGGGCGGCUCAGGUCGGUGCUCAGGACGCGUGGAGGUCCUCCACCAGGGGGCCUGGGGCACCGUGUGUGAUGACCUCUGGGACCUGAACGAAGCCGAGGUCGUGUGCCGACAGCUGGGGUGUGGACGGGCCGUGUCCGCCCUGGGGAAGGCCCACUUCGGCCCGGGCUCUGGAAACAUCUUCCUGGACAACCUGCAGUGCUCUGGGAUGGAACACUACCUGGGCCAGUGUGCCCACUCGGGCUGGUCGGAGCACAACUGUGGCCACCACGAGGAUGCCGGCGUCAUCUGCUCAGAUGCGGAAGAACUGCCUCCUCCCACACCUCCAGGGCCCUCUUCCUCUCCAGGUGACUCCUUACAAGGUGGCUCAGGCUCCUGCGGAGGGGUCUUGUCAAGUCUCUCUGGCUCCUUUUCCAGUCCGCUGUACCCGGAAAGCUACCCGACAGACAUCGAGUGUGUUUGGGAGAUUCAUGUGGAUAAAAAAUUCCGCAUAGAACUCAUGAUUCCAACUUUGAACCUGGAGGAUAUCCUUGGAUGCCCCUACGACUCCGUUGAAAUCUUUGAUGGCCCCAGGAUUGCCUCGCUGUCCAUGGGGAAGUUCUGUGCCUCAGUAGCUGUGAUAUUUUCCUCCUCCUCGGAUAUCAUGACCGUGGUGUUCCGAAGUGAUUCUAUGAUCACCAACACUGGCUUUUAUGCCCUGUUCAAUGCAAUUCCACAGGGCAAAGGAGAGUCAGAAGAUGGACCCCAGCUGCGGCUGGUGGGCGGCUCAGGUCGGUGCUCAGGACGCGUGGAGGUCCUCCACCAGGGGGCCUGGGGCACCGUGUGUGAUGACCGCUGGGACCUGAAUGAAGCCCAGGUGGUGUGCCAACAGCUGGGGUGUGGUCGAGCCAUUGCGGCCCCUGGAAAGGCUCACUUCGGCCCUGACUCUGGAAACAUCCUCCUGGAUAACAUUCAGUGUUCAGGAAGCGAGAACCACCUUGGCCAGUGCCCUAGCUCCAGCUGGUCGGACCACAAUUGUGGCCACCAUGAGGACGCAAGUGUCAUCUGCUCAGGUAGCCUCUCCUCCCAUGGCAGGUUCUUUUUGACCUUUCGACCAGCAGAAUUUGAGUGA